UCGCCAUAUCAAAUACUGCUAAUUUCACAUCGCAACUGCUGAAAUUUGGUACUCAAAUUCCAUUUAUUACUGUGGCGAUCACACUUUGAAUCACUUUUCGUCGCUCUACAUGCCAGAACUAUCUCCAUGAGAAUUAUAUAUAGAGAGAGCUUUACCUCCUCCGUUUGCUUUCCUCACCACCAUUCGCCACUUCCAUAAACAUUUCAGCAAGCUAUCCUCAGAUCUUUCCUUAAAACCUCUUGCCCUUUCUCAACGCGAAAAACAAAAACAUCACAAACUUAUACAACCAUGCAAAUCAUCAGUACCCUCACCAUCGCUCUCGCGAUUAUCCCUCUGGCUUUUACUGCACCACAUCCUGUCGAAGAAACGGGAGCUAUCACUGCUGAAGCUCAGAACGCAGUCGCUGCUGCGCUCCCUGCCGGUGGUCUUCGUUUCCCUCACCGGUUUUUGCAUCGACAUCACCGCCCAAAGAAGGCCCGCCCUGCCCCUAAGGCUCCUGUCUCUGCCCGGAAUGCACUUCCCGUGGAAGAAAUCCGGGCCAUUAAAGCCGAAGCCAACACCAAUGCGGAAUCUGCUGCGACUGCCGUCAGUGGUGCUGAUCCUCUUGAUGGUCUUUUUGAUCUUGGUUCUACUAUUGGUGAUUUUGGUGAUCUUCUCAAGGCUCGAAAUGCGCUUCCUGUUGAAGAAACGGGGGCUGCUAUAGAUGAAGCCAAAACUGAUGCGGAAACUGCCUUCAAAAUCCCUCGUAGAAUUCGUAAGGGUGGUAGACGAGGUGGCAGAAAGGGUGGUAGAAAGGGUGGCAGAAAAGGUGGACCCCGUGGCAAGAAGGGUGGUAAAAAGGGAGGACUUCUCGAUUCUCUUGGUCUUUAGUCGUUUGAGACAGGUAAUCUCGGCACAAGGGCAUUCCCGCCGAAGGAACUCGGCCAAUGCUCAGUGCUCUUUGAUGGGUAUUGGAUUGAGGUCUUUGUGCUGAAGAUACCCUGUACUUGACGGUCCUUUGGAUCCGGAAUAAGGUUGUUUGUUAGGACGAGCAGAAUUCGGUUUUCUUUAUUGACGAAUCUUUCCCGGCAGAAUAUCAGUUCCCUUCUUUUGCGAAUAUUCUCCUGUCU